CAUAUUUUUGUUUUCCACUUUUAUUUCCAAGUGUGUCGUGACGCUGGACAGAUGAGCAGCAGGGACGGUGGGAGCUUUACCCGCCUUCACAACAGCGGCCUCGAGCAGUCACCGCCGCACCAGCAUCAGCGUCAUCACCACCGCGGAGGAGGAGGAGGAGGACAAGGACAACGACGUCAGCAGCAGCAUCCGAAUGGGCGACAGAGCGACCUCGAAGGAGGGCAGCAGCAGGGCGAGCACGAGCACGAGGAGGACGAGGACGACGAGGAGGAGCUGCCCGAGGCGUCGUCCAGCCUGCGAGUGCGGUUUAGCUCGCGGUUUCUGCGUGUCUUCCUGAUCAUGACUGGCUUCGAUGCGCUGUUUGAGCUGCUGCUGUUCGUCGUCGUCGCAAAGACAGAGAGCGUCAGUGCGAGCGACUUUUUCAACCAGCAGGCCGUCCACUUUAAGUUUGCAACGAGCGUCUUUGAUGUCAUGAUGCUGGCGUCUGCACGAUUGUUUGUGCUGCUGUUGACCUUCGUGAUCGCCAAGCCUCAUGGGAGCAUUGUCGCGGUCACGACGCUGGCGUCGACUGCGUACUUGCUGGCAAAGGUGUUUUAUUACAGCUUCUCAAGCAGCGAUCCGGGUGAAUACAUUUUGUUGAUUGUCGCGUUCGUCAUGCCCUGGCUCCAAGCGUGGAUGUGGGCUGCGCGAGCCUUCCGUAAUCGGAGCAACAAGCGUCAAGCGGCCUUGGCUGCUUCGCUGAAUGAGACUGCGAGUCUUCUCAACAACUCGUACGGCGUGGCAACGUAUGCGCCACAAUCCUCAUCCCGCUAUGGCACGGCUCCAGUGUUCCGGGAAAUUGAAAAGUCGCCCGCGUAUGCCACUCGAUUCGGUCAGCAUGAGGAUGAAACCACGGCCCAAUUGCCUGGCUUGUCGCGUGAAGAAACCCCAUUCCGCACACCUCCCGAACUGGAUGAGCAAAGCAUUGCCGACGAAGAAACCAAGUCCUUGAUGGAUCAGGCAGCACCGAAUAGCGCCAGCCUGGCCGUUCCCGUGUUCUCCGGUCCUCCCUCGAAGCGCCCGUCUAUCGUGGGUACCUAUAGCCAACCAAACCCAAAGGCGCGUCACAUCCCCCCGAAUCUCGUUCGAGACGCGGAGUAUCGCCGACUGGCGGUUGAAGCGCUGGAUUUGAUGUGGUCGUACUCAAUCUCCAACGACGGUUGGACAUUGUCGUCUGAUAAGAACGAGAGUCAGAUUUAUUGGCGAAAUUCCCCGACUGUCGUUCUGUUCAAGAGUGUGACCGUCCUCGAUGUUUCUCCAACUGCGCUCUUCGAGUUGCUGUUUUAUAACAUUGAGAAUCAUCCGUCCUGGAACGAGAAUGUGACGGAUUACCAUGUGAUUUACAAGAUUGACGACUACACUGAUGUGACCUUGACACAGACCAAUAAGGCUGUUGGAGGCAUGGUCUUGCCUCGCGAUUUUAUCAACGUUCGUCAAUGGCGACGGAUUGGAAAUAGCUACAUGGGAGCCGGCAAAAGCAUCAUUCUAGACGAGUAUCCGGAGCGUCCAGACGUUGUUCGUGGUUGGAACGAAGCAGGAGGCUGGGCAAUGCUCGAAAUCCCCAACAAGCCCCAUCUUUCUUGUCUUGUUUGGGUCAUUAAUACCGAUUUGCGCGGAAAUCUGUCCAAGUGGAUUAUCAACCAGACCAUGUCGGGUGCAAUGCGUGCUUUUGUUGUCGGCCUGAAAAAACGGCUACAGCAACAACAACAGGCGCGGGCCUAACCGCUGGGCCUGAGUGCAUGUUGAUGGAUACUAGUGUUUGUUUGUUUGUUUUGUUGGUUUGGGAUGUGAGUGAGUCUUCUGGGUCAGCCUUUGUUGUGUUGUUUGCUCGCUGUCAAUUUGCCAAUCAUUGUCAUCAUUUUAAUGUGUUAUCCAUUUGUAAGA